AUGCUGGCCACGGGCAACACGCGUGUUGUGCGCUACCUCGCCCUGGCAAUCCUGACCCUCGGUGUCUUCUACUUCGUCUCCCACUCUAGAUAUGAUAGCGUGGCCAUGGCCCGUAACUCCCUGACCAAGGGUACCACCUGGUCUCAGGAGGGCGCGCGUCCCGAGUCGCCCGCCGAACCCCCCAUCAAGGACGUGCCCCAGGACACCACCUCUGACGAGGAGGCCGUCCCCGAUCCAGACGUUCCCGCCGUCGCGGGGGAGAAGGAGACCGACGCCGAGCCCGGCAAGGGCGGCAAGGGCGGCAAGGAGAGCGCCUUCGGAGACGCCGCCGACGCCGCCGCCGCCGCCUCCUCCAAGGGGGCGCCCAAGAAGUCGUCGUCCAAGCUCCUCGAGGAGUCGGCCCUGGGCAAGCAGAACCCCCUGGCCUUGACGCCGGCUGACCCGGGCUGGGACGAUCUCGUCGGCAUCGCCCCCGGCCCCCGUAUGAACGCCACCUUUGUCACGCUCGCCCGCAACUCGGACGUGUGGGAGAUUGCCAAGUCGAUCACCCAGGUCGAGGACCGCUUCAACCGCCGGUACAACUACGACUGGGUCUUCCUGAACGACAAGCCCUUCGAUGACAACUUCAAGAAGGUGACGAGCUCCCUCGUCUCGGGGACGGCGCACUACGGCCUGAUCCCCGACGAGCACUGGUCCUACCCCGAGUGGAUCGACCAGGACAAGGCCAAGAGGGUGCGCGAGGACAUGAAGGCCCGCGAGAUCAUCUACGGAGACUCGGUCAGCUACCGCCACAUGUGCCGCUUCGAGUCCGGCUUCUUCUUCCGCCACCCCCUCAUGCUCAACUACGAGUACUACUGGCGCGUCGAGCCGUCCAUCGAGCUCUACUGCGACCUGCACUACGACCCCUUCCGCGUCAUGGUCGAGGAGAACAAGAAGUACAGCUUCGUCCUCAGCCUCUACGAGUACCCCGAGACCAUCCCGACGCUCUGGGACAGCGCCAAGAAGUUCAUGCUCAACCACCCCGAGCACAUCGCCGAGGACAACUCGCUCGACUUUGUCAGCGACGACGGCGGCGAGACCUACAACAAGUGCCACUUCUGGUCCAACUUCGAGGUCGGCUCCCUCGAGUGGCUCCGCAGCGACGCCUACGUCGACUUCUUCAACAGCCUCGACCGAGACGGUGGCUUCUUCUACGAACGCUGGGGUGACGCCCCCGUCCACUCCAUCGCCGCCGCCAUCCUGCUCCGGAAGGACGAGAUCAAGUUCUUCAACGACAUCGCCUACUUCCACAACCCCUUCACCCACUGCCCCACCGGCGAGCAGACCCGUCUGGACCUCCGCUGCCACUGCGACCCUUCCAAGAACUUUGACUGGAAGGGAUACUCCUGCACCAACCGCUUCUUCGAAGUGAACAAGAUGACGAAGCCCGCAGGUUACGAGGCCCAGACAUGA